AUGGGGAUCGUCCUGGGUCGUGUCAACGUGGAGACGCCGCGAUUCGCGGUGGAGGCGAAGACGGACGCGUUUGAGAUUCGGCGAUACCCUCCGCAGAUGGUGGCGGAAGUGACAUAUGACGGUGACCACCAGAGCGGCAUCAAUACAGCCUUCUCCGCGCUAGCAGGGUACAUAGGCGCGCUCUCUGCUCCUCAGAACCGAGCUGCUCUUGCCCAUUCGGACAGCACAGGGGAGGGGGGUGAGAAAAUUGCCAUGACUGCUCCUGUGCUCACACAUGCAGGAGGAGAGAGGGGAGGAGGAGAUGGAGGAGGAGGGGAUGUGGGAGAGAAGAGCAGUGCUGCUGGUGAGAAGAUCGCCAUGACUGCUCCUGUGCUCACACAUGUUGGAGGAGGGGAAGGAGGAGGAGAUGGAGGAGGAGGAGGGGAUGGGGCAGGGAGACACACUGUUUCUGGAGAGAAAAUUGCUAUGACUGCUCCUGUGCUCACACACUCUGGAGCAGGGGAAGGAGGAGGAGGAGAUGUGGGAGGGGAAAGCAGCGCUGCUGGAGAGAAGAUUGCCAUGACUGCUCCUGUGGUGACAGGCACGCAAGUAUUGGCAGUUCUGCAAACAGCAAGCAUAUCUGCCAGCAAUCAAGCACUUACACAGAGAUGA